UCCCCCGCAUACCGCGCCUUAACAAAUCAAUAAUAACCACUUUCCAUGUGGCUCUCGAAAUUCCCACUCUUACCUCGAACCUUUUAUGUUUUCAAUCCAUUUCUUGCCUUACAACAACAAGCCAACAAAAGUUGUACUACAUGAAAUCCAUAUCAACAAAAGAAUCAUCAAGCAUCAAUAAAGAUAAAUACAACCAGCAAGAAAUUCAUUUAUUUAUUCCCGGUCUAAUACCGGUCAUCAAUGCAAUCAUCAAAGACCCGAAGGGUCAACACUUCAGACAACGAUCCGAUUGGAUCAUUCAAAUUCAAAUUGCCGCAGGCAAUUCAUCAUCAACAAGUCUUGGAAUGCCAACAAUCAGCAAAAUAGCCAAUCAUCAAGGUACUUCAACUACAGAACCAUCGUUACCAACACACCUAGCAAUUCAACAAUCAGCCUUCAAUCAAUUUCUACCUAAGGCAAGUUGUGGUGUUGAAAGCGAGAUAGUUAGAAAUUUGAAUGGCAUUCCACCCGAGACCCAUAUUCAAGAUAAUCAGCCAAGGAGCGUUUCAGUCCCUCCUUGCCUGCUUUUGAAGUUGAGUGAAAUAAAUCCAUGGCAUUUGUGCCAUCGAUCAAUCCAAUUAGGCGCGCCAUAA